GCUACCUACAGUGGGUGGCCGGGAUCAAAAUGUACGGCGGAAAGCUCGGAAAGUGUAGUGUGGAUAGCCUUAAUCACGUCGGCUCCCCUGGGAGGGGACGCAUCACUCGCCCCAUUUCACGGAUGAGGAAGGAAACGAAUGAUCGAAAAGGCGAAGAGACUUGUCCAAGGUCGCGGAACUAGGAAGUGGCGGGGUCGGGAGUCGAAUUCUCCGGCAGAUCAAGGAACAGGCGGGGGACCCUGAGGGGCGAAGGGAGAAAACCGAGCUGCCGCCAUGGCCCAGACCCUGCAGAUGGAGAUCCCGAACUUCGGCAACAGCAUUCUGGAGUGUCUGAACGAGCAGCGGCUGCAGGGCCUGUACUGUGACGUGUCCGUGGUGGUCAAGGGCCACGCCUUUAAGGCCCACCGGGCCGUGCUGGCCGCCAGCAGCUCCUACUUCCGGGACCUGUUCAACAGCAGCCGGAGCGCGGUGGUGGAGCUACCGGCUGCCGUGCAGCCCCAGUCCUUCCAGCGGAUCCUCAGCUUCUGCUACACAGGCCGGCUGAGCAUGAACGUGGGGGACCAGUUCCUGCUCAUGUACACGGCCGGCUUCCUGCAGAUCCAGGAGAUCAUGGAGAAGGGCACCGAGUUCUUCCUCAAGGUGAGCUCCCCCAGCUGCGACUCCCAGGGCCUGCACGCUGAGGAGGCCCCAUCGUCCGAGCCCCAGAGCCCCGUGGCCCAGACGUCGAGCUGGCCGGCCUGUGGCACCCCGCUGCCCCUCGUGUCCCGCGUCAAGACGGAGCAGCAGGAGUCGGACUCCGUGCAGUGCACGCCCGUGGCCAAGCGGCUGUGGGACAGCGGCGGCAGUGGCGGUGGCAACGGCAGCCGCAAGAUGGCCAAGUUCUCCACGCCAGACCUGGCUGCCAACCGGCCGCCCCAGCAGGCCCCGGUGGUGGCGGCGGCACAGCCCACCGGGGUGGCCGUGGCGGCGGCGGCGGCGGCGGGGGCCGGCACCGGGCAACCGGCUGGGGGGGCGGCAGCGGCGGCGGUGGCGGCAGGGGGCGUGGUGAGCGGGCCCAGCACGUCAGAACGGACCAGCCCAGGCACCUCGAGUGCCUAUACCAGCGACAGCCCCGGCUCCUACCACAACGAGGAGGAUGAGGAGGAGGAUGCAGGCGAGGAGGGCACGGACGAGCAGUACCGGCAGAUCUGCAACAUGUACACCAUGUACAGCAUGAUGAACGUCGGCCAGACAGCCGAGAAGGUGGAGGCCCUCCCUGAGCAGGUGGCCCCCGAGUCCCGGAAUCGCAUUCGGGUGCGGCAAGACCUGGCGUCUCUCCCGGCCGAGCUCAUCAACCAGAUCGGCAACCGCUGCCACCCCAAGCUCUACGACGAGGGGGACCCCUCCGAGAAGCUGGAGCUGGUGACAGGCACCAAUGUGUACAUCACGAGGGCACAGCUCAUGAACUGCCACGUCAGCGCGGGCACGCGGCACAAGGUCCUGCUGCGGCGCCUCCUGGCCUCCUUCUUUGACCGGAACACGCUGGCCAACAGCUGUGGCACCGGCAUCCGCUCUUCCUCCAACAACCCCAGCCGCAAACCGCUGGACAGUCGCGUCCUUCACGCUGUCAAGUACUACUGCCAGAACUUUGCUCCCAACUUCAAGGAGAGUGAGAUGAACGCCAUCGCAGCUGACAUGUGCACCAACGCCCGCCGCGUCGUGCGGAAAAGCUGGAUCCCCAAGCUCAAGGUGCUCAUGGCGGAGGGCGAUGCCUACACCACCUUCAUCAGUGACACGGGCAAGAUCGAGCCGGACAUGAUGGGCGUGGAGCACAGCUUCGAGACGGCCAGCCACGACGGCGAGGCCGGCCCCUCGGCCGAGGCCCUCCAGUAACUACCACCGGACCCUCCCCGCGGGGCCGUCACACUCCCCCCCCCCCCCCCACCCGAUCACGCCCACCUACCAUCUUGGUCACGAGCUACUGUCUGUCCCUCCCCAGGACCCGCGGGGGGCGCUGCAUGCUCCCAGCCCCUCUGCCUCCCCAUUCCACUCUCUGACCCCAAUCCGAGCGGGCUGGGAGAGGGCAGCGGCCGGUGCGAGCUCUGCACUGCCUUCCCUAGCACACUCGGGCGCCGUCAGGGGGGCUCCUGCUCCCCCUCUCCUAACCCCUAGCAGUGGUCUCCCCACUCACCAGGCCAGGCGGGGAGGGGCCGGCCUGGGGGGCUCAGGAAGGCUCCCUCCCCAGGCCCUGGGCCCCUUGCUGCAACCUCUUGGGACUUGCAGGGGCCCCAGGGUUCUCAGGACCCCUCCUGCCACCACCUCCCAGUGCUUCCAUGUUUCCAAAAGCGCCUUCCUGUCUCCCUCGUCUGUCCCUGCGCCUGGGGGCUGGGGUAGGCGAGGCUGAGGGGACUGCCCAUUUCACAGCUGAGGAAACUGAGGCUCAGAGAAACUUCACAACUGAUCUAAGGUGGUGGGCAGUGGCGGGCCCGGCGCCCCUCUCUCUCCCCACCCUGUGCCCACCUCUGUUGCCCCCACUUUUCCCCUGGGGCCUGAGUGGGGCAGGUCCCGAGUGGGAGGCUCUUGGGGAAAGACUGAGGGUCUCUGCGAAUAGAACGAGGGGUUUCCUGGGCUCACAGAAGUGUGUGUGUGUGUGUGUGUGUGUGUGUGUGUGUGUGUGUGUGUGUGUGUAGAAGUUUUGCUUUUAAACAAAUGGAUAUGCGAGGCAGUAGGGCCAGGGCUAGCAGCCAGGGGAGCAGGCUGGGGGGCUGCUGCCCUCCCCCCCCCACCCCCACAUCCCACGCUGCCCCCACCCCCUGUACAUACUUUUUAAAGCAUUUUUUUAGCUAAUGAAAUAUUGAAGUAUAAGAUUCCUUUUAUUUUUCAAACCAACGGGACUGUCUGAUGUCCCCUUCAGUCCCCAGGGGACGCGGCAGGCAGGACGGGGUGGGGGAUGGGGGCAGGCUGAAUGCGUGCGUGCGUGAGUGUGGAGUGUGGGUGCGCAUUUCUGAGGUGGGGACCCGGCCAGGCCUCUGCUCAGGCUCCUGUGGGUCUGACCAGCUCCUCCCUUGCUCCUCUGUUCCCCAGCGGGGCUCCAUUUGAGGGGGGGGUGGGGGGGCUGGCCUUGGCCUCUUGGCUGAGCCCAGCUUCUGGGGACAAGGCAGGGCCCACUUCCAUUGUUAGCAGUUUGCAGAAUUUUCUCUAACCAUUCCUCUUUCUGUCCUCGCCCAGCGCGAGGGGGUUGUGUUUUUUUGAGUUUUACAUGUGAACUCUGUGGAGGGUUCUUUUUUUUACUCCCUGUCCCCCCACACUGGGUGUCCUUUACAAUUUCACCUUUCCCUCUAGCCCUGUCCCCACUGCCUCUCGCCGCCUUCUCCCCAAUCUGACCAGCCCAUUGCUUCCGGCAGCCUCUCCAGAGGCAGGGGGAUUGUGGGAGGUGGGGUGGGGGUCAGCCCCAACCCUUGGAAUCUGACUCAGAGGUCUCCCCCACCCCCUCCAGCAGCCCCCACCAGUCUGUGAAGGGGUCCCCUCCUGACAUCUUUUUGUGGGGGUGGGGGGGCGUCUGGUCUGGCUGGGGUCCUGGCAUCCCACUUGCCUGGCCUGGCCCCUGCACCUUAGCCCUCAGCCGGCCCAGUGUAUGGGGGGAGUCGACGCCCCAGCUAAAGCACAAGCACCUUAGUCGCACCUCCCCCACGCCCUUGUCCUGGCUUUGACAUCCCACCCCAGCAUCUAUCCCAAAGCACAAUAUCCUGGUCACUUGGCAAGCUGCCGGGCCGGCCGAGGCCGAGGGGCGGGCUGGGGCUCCAGCCAGACCCCACAAGGAAGGAGUCCCCAGGCGCUCCCCUCCUUCCAGGCCUUAGCAGGGGCCAGCUCUCUGGGACUGGGGUCUUCUCCCUCCCCACCCCUUUGUCCUGGACAGGCCCCUGCCCAGCCCCUCCCUGCCUUGUCCUCGGGUGGGGCUUGCCCCUGUCCCUCCUCCAAGCCCCUGCAGCACUGGGUUGGGUGGCAGAGCCCCUCGUUUCAGGGACCCCAGCAGGUGCCCCUGGCUCCCGGGACUGUGUUGGGGGGGGGAGGGGCUGGGCAGGGGUGCCGGGGAGGAAACUCCUCACCAGGAGAGCCAAAGACAGGGUUGUGCCUUACCCCAGGAGCCACCCCUGCGCCCCUCCCGCCCUGACCUCCCCACCUUCUGGGCGGCCUGCUGCUUCUCCUCUCCCUCCCCUGCCCCGCCCUGCUCUGAGCUGCAUGGUCCCCCCCACCCCGGGCAGCCCAGGGAGGAGCACGGAUGGAGAAUCACCAACCAACGCAAAAAAAAAAAAAAAAAAAAAGACUGUGGGCCCCCCCCCUCCGCCUCCCCCGGCCGCCCACUCACCCGCCUCUUUCACGCAGGACAGACCGCCCGCCCUGUCCGUGUGAAGUGCCAACGCCCUCCCCGCCCUGGGCCGACCCCCCACUCCCCGGGCCCGUAAGUGAGAUUGCACAUUAACUACUGUAAGGAGAGGAGCCGCACUGGGAAAUGUGAACCAUGAGAAUAUCAGUGACACUGAGGAAAAUAAACUAAACGCCUUUGUAACA